AAUAAUAAUAAUAAUUCAGUACCACCAAAUAAUUCAGUUACUGCCAAAAUAAAAUAAAAUAAAAUCUACCUAAUAAACCUCCACAGAAAAAGGGAAAAAAGACAAAGUCGUGUUUUGUUAGAGAAGAGAGGGGAAUUUUGGUUUACAAAAAACCUCUUUCCCCUCUCAAACGAUAAUGUUGCACAAAUUUUCUUUGAUGGCUUCUUAUGGAUUUCCUUCAGGUCUUGUUUUGCAACAAGAAUAUGUUGUCAUGAAGGGUUGUCAACAAUUGAUGCCAAAACCAGAAAUUAUUAAGUGUCCUAAUCUUAGGUUAAAUUCAUCUGAUGAAUUAAGAAUGACAUCAAAAGAAUGGUUUGAUUCAAAUCAGUUUGUCAAUUUUGAUUUGUCAGCUCUAAAGCCUAUGGUUGUUGAUGUACAAGCAACUUGUCCAAGCACAGUACUUUUUAGCGCUGGUGUCGUUGAUCAAUGCACUGAGCAUGAAAACACUUUACAGCAUAUCACAUCUGAGACUGCUGAAGCAGGUAUAAGCGGUGUUCGUAAGGCUUUGCUGUCUGACUUGAUGGGUUUGCAACUUUCAGGCAUUGAUAUACCUCAAUUACCAUUACCACCUCUCGUAUACCCAAAUAAGACAUUCUACUUCUCGAAGCCUUUGCUUGAUAUUUUUCAAGAUUCAGCAUUUCGUUCAAAAAUUACAGUUCAUCCAGAUGGUCAAGUCACAUUUAUGGGUACAGAAAUUGAGAUGAAAGAUCUUCUUGCCGUAGUUGCUGAAUCAUACUUAACAGAACGCACACAUAAGGGAGAAAAACAGUCUAUGCUUGUUCCACACUUCAAUAGGCUGAUUAUAAAUGAAGUAGAGGCCAGAAGUCAUUCCUCCACGUUGGAUAUUCACUCUACACUGACUGUUCCUUUAAAAAGACCUGAGAAAGUUAAAGGAAAGCCUUUACAAAAAAAGAACAAGAAAGUAGCCAGGGAGAGGGAUCUCUUCAAGAAGAACUACGUUCAUGCAUGUGAAAGCCUUCUGUUCUUGAUGGCUAAUAAUAGGCAUCAUCGGGAAACAGCAAUUCUUUCACUGAAGAAAUCUGGCCCAGAGCUUUCCGAGCUCCUGACACAAUUCUCAGUGGGCAUUGCUGGUACUGGCCUUGCUGUUGUGCUAUCUGUGAUCUGCAAGCUAGCUUGCGGAAGGGUCCCAUUUUGUGCAUCUAAGGUCUUCAACACGGGGUUGGGUUUUGGGCUGGUUUGGCUUUCUUGUGGAGUAAAUAAGCUGAGGGAUACAAUUGUUAACAUAAACAAAAAGGCUGGAAAGACGGGAUUGAAAGAUAAGGAACUGAUUCAAAAGGUGGAUAACAGCCUAAAAGAAGUUUACUUUAGAGCUGCAGCAUUGCUAGUAGUUGCAGUGCUAAGGCUUGCUUGAGCAUUAUCUCUGAAGACACGAUCACACGCAGUUUGCACAUUAAUGCAAUAACUGUUGUGUCUGAUUUAUUGGAUGUUCAGCUUGGUGGCUGCUGAAGUGAUAGCCAAGUAGAGAGUAAUCUUGGUUUUAAAACAACCCAACCUUCACUUCAUCUUUGAAGCACGUGAUUAUGGAUGUUUGGUUUGAUCAUCACUAUGGUAUGGUUAUUUGUGAUUAGGUAGUUUCAACUUUCAAUUAUCCAAGCAAGUGACGUAAGCAUAUGCUUGGGUUAUAGCGGUAAGAUAAAUUGUGAAGUCUAAGGUAGAAUUUUGCAAUAAAAUGAACAGACUGAUUUAGUGAAAAUGUUAUCAGGUUUUCCCUUUCCUCA